AUGUACAAAUUUACCCGGGCUUUCACCCGGGCGUCCCCUGGGAGAGGUUCCCGGGGUAUUCCCCGACAUCAUCCGGGGGUCCUUAAUCACUGGCCCAGGCCCCAUGCUGGUCCCUGCGGGUCCAGAUCAAGCAAAAACCACGAACAACUGAACAAGAACGCAGAUUUAUUUACUUACACAAGAAUGCCAUUCUCAUUCAAGAUCGAGCGAGCCUCAUCAGAAACCAAAAGACACCGGACGGAGCAACAGAUGAUCUCGAUACCAGCACUACCGGACCGGGACUUCCGAGCAAUUCAUUUAGCCAAGAAGCAGAAACGGACCCAGAAAGAGCUGUACAAACCCGAGCCGAUAAAUUCGAUGGGGGGACCCUCGAAGAAACAUUCGUCAGUCGUCGAUGCCGAAGGACUCGAUAAGAUGAAUUCGAAAACCAUAGAAGGCGGACUCCAACCUCCUCCGACUGUCAAGACUGUUCCGAAAAUUGAACGGCUUGCACUCGAGUCGGAAUCGGCUGAGUCUGUCGAAUCUGAGACUGUCGUCCCUGUAACACCAGCCCAACCACUGACAAUUGAAGAGCGAGCCGUCAAGGAACUACUCUCCCAAGCGAACUCUGGAUCAACACAACAGGUCAAGAUUGAAGCGAUCCCGAUGAGGAACGAGGGCCCACUGGAUACAGGCCCAGAAGAAGAAGGAGGCGAUGAUUCUGGAGAUUCGGGGGACGAGACGGCCCAGUUUCGGAAAGAUGUCUCCAAACGACCCGAUUGCUCGACGCUAGAGGAUUACGAGCGGAUCCCCGUCGGACAAUUCGGCCUAGCUUUGCUGAAAGGAAUGGGCUGGAAAGAGGGCACCGCGGCCACCAAGCGGGGUCGGGUCGGCUUGGUCGAGGCUUACGUGCCGCAAGCCCGGCCUAGUCUCUUGGGCAUCGGCGCUAAGCCUCUCGUACUCGAUUCGGAUCCGAGUGAUAAUAGCAAGAAAUCCAAACCGGCGAAACCGGAGAGGAAGUACGUUCCGUUACUGAGGAAAGUGGUCGAUCAUGGAGGAAAACCUCGUUCAAGAUCUCGUUCACCAUCGAAUCGAGGAAAAGCACGUUUGAGGUCUCGAUCACCGCCGGAUGCACGCUCCUCAUCUACUCACUCAUCCCAUUCCUCAAAUCGCACCUCUCGUCGAGAAAGAGAAUUGUACGACCGACCCCCCUCGGAUUCCUCUCGUAAGCGAUCAACUCAUCGAGAGAGAGACAGCUCAAGGGGUUAG